AGUUUUCUCCAAAAGGCGUCAAAGUUGGCAACAGUGUUUCGUGAGCAUUCGCGACCAUGCUCCUUGUGUGACGGUGCGGACGUGCUCCGGCUGUCAGGCGAAACAUUUCGCCACGCUUUUUUGACAGUUGUUGUUUGCUGCGGACAUGUGUUUUGUGAAUUUGUAAACCAACGCAAGGUGCUUGCUGGCGUAUCGUGAUUCGGAAAAGAGUUUGUUGCAUAUAAUAGUGCCUGAGUAGCAAAAUAAACACUGAACAAUGGCUUCUUUGCGGAUAAAGAAACCCAACACACGCCGGGGUAAGAAAGCUUUGGAAGAACGGGAACCCAAAACGAUAGAGAAUCUGAAGAAAACGCUCAUUAUGGAGGGACGCAAAUGCUCGAACGAUAUACGACAGGCACUGAGGGAUUUAAAUUUGCUGAAGAAACCCAACUCGCGCAUGAUGAGACGAAACAAUGAUGUGACUCCGUUUGAAGAUGCCACCCUACUGGAACAUUUGGCAAAAACGAACGAUUGCCACCUGUUUCUGUUUGGCUCGUCGUCUAAAAAGCGCCCGAACAAUCUGGUCAUGGGCCGCAUCUACGACGAACAGAUACUGGAUAUGGUUGAGUUCGGCAUCGAUCAGUACACGGCGCUGGAAAAGUUCAAGACGGAAAAAAUUUCACAGUUUACCAAGCCCGUCAUCAUCUUCAAUGGUUACAAGUGGAAACUGACGGAGGAGCUGCGGCGCAUCAAGAGCCUGCUGCUGGACAUGUUCCACAUUGAUCACAUCGAUUCGAUCCGGCUGCAGGGAAUUGAACAUGUGCUAAGCUUUACGCUGACCGAUGAUCUUACCAUAAUGGUGCGUUCGUACCGCAUCCAGCUGAAGAAGAGUGGUCAGCGAACGCCCCGUAUCGAGCUGCUUGAAAUGGGCCCUUCGCUAGAUCUGUCCGUGCGCCGUACCAAGAUUGCCUCGGACAAUCUGUACAAGGUGGCGAUGAAACAGCCGGCUGUUCUGAAGGCGGCCAGGCGAAAGAACGUUACGCGUGACGAGCUGGGCAACGUGCACGGUAGGGUGCACGUUGGCAAGCAGGACAUCAAUGCGCUGCAGACCAGGAAGAUGAAGGGUUUGCGAAAGACGGCUGAAGAGAAGCGGCAGGAGAAGCUGGAGAAGCAGAAACGGAAUUCGGCAAGCGGGGAAGCUUCCAUGGACGAGGAUAUGGACGGUGAUUCGCAUGGCGAGGGUGAUGCGGAUAUGGACGGUGACGAUGGUGAAGAGUGAAGAAGAUGAUGAUGCUAUUGAUAAUAAUAAAAGAUCCGGUAUGUAUUCUAAUAUACUGGUGAGUGAGAGGAGCAUGGUAAAGUGUAAAUGAGAA